AUGCUUUUCCGAAUUAUUCCUGUAACCUUGCAAGGAAAGAACGGAUGUGUUAACACAUACGCCUUUUUAGACGACGGUUCCUCUUUAACCUUGGUGGAAAAAUCAAUUGCAGAACAAUUAGGAGAGUCCGGUCCAUCAGGAGCGUUAUACCUUAACUGGACAAGUAAUGUAACCCGUUGCGAAGCUGACUCCCAAGAAAUAACAUUCAAAAUCUCGGGAGCAGCCGGUGGAAAAUUCUUCCGAGUUCAGUCAGCCAGAACAGUGUCCGAGCUGAAACUUCCGGUACAAUCAUUAAAACCGCAACAGUUGUCACUACAAUAUCCACAUUUAAAAGGUCUGCCGAUUGCUGGUUACGAUGACGCUAUACCCCGAGUGCUCAUCGGGUUGGACCAGUUGAACUUGUCAAUGCCACUAAAAUGCAGAGAGGGGAGGAAAGGAGAACCAAUAGCUACGAAAACUCGCCUCGGAUGGUGCAUCUACGGAGGAUCAGGUGAAGCGAAGUCUGUUGGAGUGAGCUGUCACAUUGUUCAAGUCAGCCCUGAAAAACUUCUUCAAGAGAUGGUGAAACGAUAUUUCGAGCAGGAAGAUGCUGGAAUUAAAUCAGUAAUCAACCUGGCGUCAGCGGAGGAUACUCGAGCAAAGAAGAUUUUAGCUGAUACAACAGUGCGGCUGGGAGACAAGUUCGAGACUGGACUCCUUUGGAGAUACGACCAGUUUGAAUUCCCAGAAAGUUAUCACAUGGCCCUUCGACGCUUGGAAUGUCUGGAGCGAAGAAUGAACCGAGAACCUCUUUUGAAAGAGAAUAUUCACCAGCAGAUUCAAGACUACCAGGCGAAGGGAUAUGCUCAUCGCGUUUCAGAGGAAGAACUUUCGGGUGUCGAUCCACGAAGAAUAUGGCAUUUGCCGCUCGGAGUCGUUACCAAUCCCAAGAAGCCUGGUAAGAUCAGAUUGAUUUGGGAUGCGGCGGCCAAAGUGGAUGGGGUUUCUCUCAACACUGUAUUGCUGAAGGGGCCCGAUUUGCUGUCGUCUUUACCAGGAGUGCUAUUUAAAUUCCGAGAAAAACCUGUGGCAGUGAGUGGUGACAUUCGCGAAAUGUUUCACCAGAUUCUCAUACGGUGUGAGGAUCGUUAUGCAUUGUGCUUCCUUUGGCGAGAAGAUCCGAGUCAGAAUCCCGAAACGUUCGUCAUGGACGUUGCUAUUUUCGGUGCCAGCUGUUCUCCAUGUAUUGCGCAGUUCGUCAAGAAUGCUAAUGCCGAGGAAUUUGCUGUACAAUAUCCCAAGGCAUCAGAGGCCAUAGUCAGGAAUCACUAUGUGGAUGAUUUCUUGGAUAGUUUCGACACCGUAGAAGAGGCACAGCGAGUAGCGGCUGAGGUGAAGUUGAUCCAUGCGAAGGGUGGAUUCGAAAUACGCGGUUGGUGUUCUAACUCAGCGGACGUACUUAGCCAUCUGGGAGAAACAUUUGUGCAAAAAACAAAAGAUCUGAAUCUGGACAAAAGUGACGGAGCAGAAAGAGUUCUAGGGAUGUUGUGGUUGGCAAGCGAGGAUGUUUUAGGAUUUUCAACGCAAAUGCGGGCGGAUAUUGCCGCCAUCAUCAAUGAGGGUCGAAGGCCAACAAAACGCCAAGUCCUACGAUGUGUCAUGUCCUUGUUCGACCCUCUUGGACUAUUGGCUAUAUAUACGGUACAUGGUAAGAUCCUGAUCCAAUCCAUAUGGCGCUCUGGAAUUGAUUGGGAUGAGAAAAUUAAGGAUGAGGAGUUCAAUCGUUGGACGAAGUGGAUAGCUAUAUUGGGUCAGGUUGACCACGUUCAUAUUCCACGCUGUUACGUUGGGCAAGAAUCCUCCACAUCAUUAGUUUCUGUGCAGCUACACAUUCUGGUGGGCGCGAGCGAAGACGCUUAUUGCGCCGCUGCAUACUUUCGUUUUAUUCUUGUAGACGGAACCGUCAUCUGCAAUCUAGUUUCGGCGAAGACGAAAGUUGCACCCCUCAAACCGCUAUCUAUACCGCGUCUGGAACUGCAAGCAGCCGUGCUUGGUGCUAGGUUGGCUUCGUUCGUCAGUGAGAAUCAUACAUACUGUAUCGAGAAAAGGGUUUUCUGGUCUGAUUCCAGUACGGUUCUUGCCUGGAUACGGUCAGACGCUCGCAGAUACCGCCAAUUUGUAUCAUGCCGCAUUGGAGAAAUUCUCUCGUUAACAGAAACUAGGGAAUGGAGAUGGGUUCCCUCCAAAAUUAACACUGCUGACGAAGCCACCAAGUGGGGCCACGGUCCAUGCUUAUCGCCAAAAGGGAAUUGGUUCCAGGGUCCGAGUUUUCUUUAUUGUCCCGAAUUUCAAUGGCCGGUCCAAAGCAAGCAACAGAACACUUCUACGGAAGAGGAACUUCGAUCCUGUUUUAUGCAUGACGUUACUGCAUUUGAAUCAACAGUGAAAUUCGAUCGAUUCUCCCGAUGGGUACGCCUCCUUAGAGCGAUCGCCUACACGCAGCGAUUCAUCAGCAACGCACGUUUGACUAAACAGCACCGAGACCUGACUCCUUUAAAUUCAGUAGAGAUCGGGAAAGCAGAAAGCAUUCUCUGGCGACUCUGCCAGGAAGAGUCGUAUCCAGAUGAAAUCUCUCAGUUAAAGAAUGGGAGAAGCGAAGUAGAUAAAUCCUCGGCGAUCUACAAGUUGUCUCCGUACAUCGAUGAAUAUGGAAUUCUAAGGCAGAACGGGAGGAUUGGCGCAGCAUCCAACGUCGAAUUUAACGUGAAAUUUCCGAUAAUACUGCCCAAGUCCCAUCGUUUAACUGCUCUCCUUCUGGACCAUUAUCAUCGGAUACUUCAUCAUGCGAAUUAUGAAACAGUUGUGAACGAGGGCGAGAAGAUCGUGUCAGUGGUGUAA